GAUAUGAAAUGGGUAUAAGAUAUUCUUGGCAGAUCUGAUCAAUUGGUGGACUUGUAGUUUAUGGGUUUUGUAAUUCAGGGUUUUUGUAGAAUUGUACAGGAGAACUGUGGAUGUUUCUGAUCUUUUGGGGUGAGAAUUGGAGUUCCAAGAUUUCAGUGAGAUUGUCAUGAGAAGAAAGGUUCUGGGUUCUGUAAUACAUGUUUUUGUAAUGGCAAUCGUCAUCUCUGUGAUACUAUUGUUCGUGGGCAUCACUUUUUUGAUCUUAGUUCAUGUUUGUGUUGUUGGGAGAGCUUUUCGAGGGUUCAGUGCUGGUACAAUGGAAGAGAGGGCUAGUAAUACAGGCAAUAAAAUGUCCAUUGAUGAUCUAGAGAAGCUUCCAUGCUUUGAAUUCAAAGCAGGAGAGAAGGGAAACAGUGAUGUUGAUUGUGCUGUUUGCUUGGAAAAUUUCAAGUUGGGUGAGAAAUGCAGAUUACUACCUCUCUGCAAACACAGUUUUCAUUCUCAAUGUGUAGAUUCAUGGUUGUUGAAGACACCGAUUUGUCCAAUCUGUAGAACCACUGUUGAUUCUCGAAAGUAUAGUGUGAUUUUGAUAGAGGAAAAUAGCCAUUCCAGUGAGGUAGCAAUUGAAUUGAGAGAGAUUCAGCCGGUUGUGGUUGGGAACUGAAUUGGGCUUCAAUCCAUUAAUUUUGCAGGCUGCUUCUGCUUCCUAAAUUUGAACUUUCUGUUUCGAAAAACCCAUGUAAAGAUGUAUCUUACAG